AUGCGUGCGCACGUGUUCAGGAUAGCGAGAACGAAGAUGGGCAUAUCGCGUAGAGCUGGAGGCGACCCCGUCGCGCACCUUCGCGCGCCGUCCAGUAGGCAACGAAGAGGUGCUGCAUGGGGGUGGGGGGUUGCCCUGUGCGCCCUCGGUGCCGCCACCUCACCCCACAUCAAGCUUCAUGGUGAUCUCACUCCUUCCUCUCUUCUCUCCUACUCAAACACGUAUGUGUGGCGUAUGGCUGGCUGGCUGCCACGGGGGGGGGGGGGGCCUGUCGUUGAUGGAAACACGCUCGAGCACACACAGUGCGCGCGGGAGAGAUCAAGAGGGUAUCCAUCAAGCCUUUUCCUCGUCGUCGUUUUUGGUACCAUGAGUGUCCAUGCCACUGAAGAGGCCAUCAGCCUCCCUUCCACCAGCGGCCAUGCGGGGCGGCAGCACAGCACCUCUAUCGUGUGCGCAGAGGACCGCGCCGACAACAGCAGCGGCGGUGGCAACUCUGCCGCGGCCUUUCGCAGCGGCAGUUGCGUGGGUGCCACCGCUAGCGCUGGCGGUGUUGCAGCCGGCGGGCCUCUCACGUCGUGGCGCCGAUCCCUCGCACCUUCCAACGCCGCCAAUGCCUCGAGCGGUGGCUGUGCGCCCAUCACCACCGUCCACACUAACAGUGGCGUCGGAAGUGGUGCGUCAACGCAGUCGCGUCUGCGGCCGUCGCCCCUGCAGCACUGCCGAGCGUCUAGUGUGAUGUGGGGUCGCCUGGUGGGUGCGCGCGGUGGCACAGCGGCAGCCGGCAGCAACAACAACGCGUCCGCGGUCACCAAUGUAUAUACGCUGCAGCUGCCGGGCGACGAUGGUGGCAUUGAGAUGGCUGCGGCACAGCCGCUGCUGCUGGGUGCACUGCGCAUGCGCGAAACGUACAAGGGCGUUGACAAGGGUCACUACGAAGUGGGCGUUGGCAGCACCGGCAGCGGCGCAUCCAACAGCCUCACCAGCGCCGUCACUAUGGCUGCCGACGCGAGCCGCACCACGCAUCCAAUGCAAGGUGUCCCGCACCCGCCCCAACCCGCAUCCCAGUCGCAGCACCUUCAGACGCAGCAGCAGCAGCAGCAAGUCCCCUCACCAUCGCUCAUGACAGGGCCCACCACCCUGCAGCAGGUGGACGGUGUUUUCCACUGGUCAGACGAGAAGACGCCAAUUGCCUCAUGGGCGCAGUUCCGCGCCGACGUGCUUGCGCUGGCGGCGUGCGUGCAGGACCCCUCCUGCGUUGCGGCGAGCAAGUGCCGCCUGGAAGUGCUGGAGGAGAAGUACCACCUUCACCGGCUCUACAACGCCGACGUCGAGGAAAACAGCGACCGCUACCGCCGCGGUGGCGGCCUCUUCGCGAACGCCUGCCGCGUCGAUACCUGCGUCGGUGCCACGACCGCAAUGAACGCUCAGGUGCUGGUUGAGUAUAUCCAGCGCACCGUUGACGAGCGCGGCGACGACAUUGUCGGCGUGUCGGACAGCGCACCGCUGGGAAGCGGGUUGGCCACGGCAGGUGCCGGCGGCGGCGGCGUUGUGGGAGCACCGGGUGGGGAGCAGCUGACGCUGGCUCGCGUCUGCGAGCUGCUCGACUUCCCCGAACCCUACCUACUGACGGUGGAAGGGCUUGGCCUGCAGCCGUCGGUGAACCGUGCCUUGCCGUACUACGACGCGCUGGACCCUUCGAUGAACAGCGGUGGCCGCAACAGCGCCGCGCUGCUUCGCCUUUUUCUCUCCCUCGGCCAACGCCCACAGUGGGGGGCGUACCUGGCGGGUGUGGUGCUGCCGUGCCUGAGGCGCAACGAGCUGCGCACGGGCGAUGUCCAAGCAACGGAAAUGACUCUCGAGAUCACGGGUGCGCUCACCCACGAAUGGGAGAACACGGCCGCGUGGGUGCGAACGCACGAGCUCGACAGCUUCUGCAGCAACCAGUUCCAGCUUGCCUUCCCAGUCACGAAGUGGUGCAGCCGCGGCGGCAGCGUCGGGAGUGGGGCGUUCUCCUUCUUUGACAUGCAUGUCGGCCGCGCAUACAGCGGCGAGGCGUGCGAUGACCGCUCGAUCACCGCCAACAACAUGCACGGCGUCGGCCGUGGCCCCUCUGACUCGCUGACUGACAGGAACGCCGCCUCUGCUGCAGCCCUCCCACCCGGCGCGAGUCCUGACGAGGCGGUGAACUACGACAACUACCAGCAGCUGCUCGACCACAUAUUCCUCCCUCUCUUCAUGGCCACUCUGGCGCCGGAGGACCCGAAGUACGUCGACCUUGCCACGCUGCUGCAGCACACCGGUGCUAUCCUCCUUACGGGCAAUGAGAACGCAGACGUCAUGGGCAGCACCGCGGCAGGCGGUGGUGGGCACGGAUGUGCGAGCGGCAGUCGCGCGGAUGGUGGCGCUGCAGCCGGCAAUGCUGCGGCGCUGCAUGUGGACGCGAUGAGCAGCGACUGGCGACGUCGUCCGGCUGACACGCCGUACACGGAGCCCGUCUCCCUCACGUACCUCUGCUACUACAUCUGGGCAAACCUGUGCUCACUGAACGCGCUGCGCCGCCGUCGUGGGCAGAACGUGCUGCAACUGCGUGUCGUGGCAUCAAGUGCCACAAUGCCCAACACGUCCUCGGCGCACGACGCGAGUCUGCUGCUGCUGUCUUACCUCAUCGCUGACGUCGUCGUCGACGCCGUCGCGCUGGACCGGCAGCCGGUACUGCAGUACCUCUACGGUCUUCACCAGAUCGGCGUGGCCAUGUGCCCCAUCGCCCGCAGCAGUCUCGGCACCACAAGCCUGGACGAGCACCCUGUGGCACGACUGCUGUGGCGCGGCCUGUGCGUCUCGCUCUGCACCCUCAACCCUCUAUACUACCACUCCUCACCGGAGCCACUGUUGGAGGAGUACACAGCGGCGGCGAAGGUGCACCGCCUCUCGCCGACCGACAUCAGCGAGAUGGCGCUGCACUCUGUCUGCAUGUCCUCGUUCGAAGACGAGGUGAAGGCGUCCUGGGUCGGCGCAGGCCUCCUGCGCGACGGCUGGCGGGCAAACGCGGUCGAGCUGACCAGCGUGCCGACGGCGCGGCUGCAGCUGCGCUACGAGUCAUGGAAGGCGGAGCGUAAGCUGCUGCUCCUGCCGUCCGGCUCCCCGGCAGGCUUCCCUAUAGGGGCCGCAGGGUCUGUCGCCGAGAUCGGGUCGCCGUUGGACGACACGCAGAGCAUGGUCCGCCGUGACAUGGCCACAGCAGCGAGGCGCUUCACCACUACACUGUCGCCGCAUCGGAACGCGUCCAGCGCCUUAGCCCCGGAUGGGCAAGCGGGCAUGGGCUCGACGGGCGGAGCAGCUGCUGCACUUCAGUCGCAGGCGCCGUAUGCCGUGUUGGACCCCGCGGUCGACUUCCCGCGCGUCACCCUCAUUGGCCCCUUCGACCGCGACAUCCAAAAUGCCCACCUCGUGCAGGCGCUGCAUCGUGCCCUGGACCUGCGCCACCAGUACUGCUCGCUGCCGCUACCACCCGAUCCUUCUUCCAGCGCUGCCGCCGUCGCUAGCGACUCUGUGAGCAACAGUGACGUCAAGGCCAGCUGGCUGGCGGCGCUGACUCGCGACCCGCACGCGGUGCUGCCGCACCCGACACAGUCGAUGAGCUGGGCCUUCAAGAGUGCCGUGCCGUCGUUGUCGCCGCAUAAUAAGAUGAGCGGCGGACACGCCACUGGCGCCACCGGCGCGUCCUCGAUGGUGCACGGCGCCAGCUCGUACCUGCAGUUUGACGAGGAUGAGUGGAAGUACAAGACGGUGGAGGGCAUCAUUGUGCCGCAUGAGGUGCACCAGAUUCCGCGCCUGCCGCAGGACAUGUACCACUACACAGAGUUCUGCAAUCACGUCGAGGAGAUACGUUGCCUCAUUGACAACAUCCGCGUCCGCGACUUUGCACUGCGACGGCUACAGCUGCUGGAGCACCGCUUCAAACUGCACGCGGCGGUGAAUCAUAGCCGCGAGCUCGGCAGCACAGCGGCGCGUGCGUCGCACAACCGCGACUUUUAUCAGUCGACCAAGGUGGACAACAACAUCCGCAUGGAGACGGGUAUGACAGCGCGCCAGCUUCUCGCCUUCAUCGUGGACAAGGCGACGCACAACGGCGACGAUAUUGUGUCGCACCCCAAAGGCAAGGAGCCGCAGACGCUGCGCCAGCUGCUUGCGGACCUGCACAUCACGGCGGACUCGCUGACGGUGGACGACCUGAACGUGCAGGCCGGCGCCACAUCGAGCAACGGCGGCGCGCCGCAGAAUCCGUUUGCGUCGGAGGGGCAGCAGCAGGACGAGCUGCUGACGCUGCUGUUAAAGACAGACAACCAGAUGAAUGGCCGCUACUUUGCGGAGCUGACGAAGCGCACCUUCGAGGAGCUGUCGCGCGAUCAGCACACCUUCUCGGAGAGUCGCCUAUCCGUCUACGGCGCUAGUGCCGAGGAAUGGGCGCUGCUGUCGCACUGGUUCGACACCCACGGCAUGUCCUCCUCGCACAACCAGUGGGUGGUACAGGUGCCCCGCAUCUACAGCUCCCUCCGUAAAGCAGGCCGAGUCGCCAGCUUCGCGGAAUACCUCGAGCACGUCUUCGAGCCCCUGUGGCGCAUCUCGCUGCACCCAAACAGCGACCCUCGUCUUUUCCACUUCAUCAACCACAUUGCCGCCUUCGACUGCGUCGAGGAUGAGCGGCGGCCAGACGUGCCGCUGCACCUGGCGAUGCGCUCCCCGCACGAGUGGACAACGGAAGACGAGCCACCGUACAACUACUACCUGUACCACCUGUACGCCAACCUGCGCUCGCUGAACUGCUUCCGGCAGCGGCGCCGCUUCUCCGUCUUCUCCUUCCGCCCCAGCUGCGGCGAGGCCGGCGGUGUCGACCACCUCAUUGGUGGCUUCCUGCUGGCGCAGAGCGUCAACUACGGCGUGCGCCUCGCCGACAGCGCGCCGCUGCAGUACCUCUUUUACUUGGCCCAGAUUGGCGUGACGCUGAGCCCGCUCAGCAACAACACGAAGCUGCAGUUGAACUACCUGCACAACCCCUUCCCGCAGUUCUUCAGGCGUGGGCUGCGCGUCUCGCUCGGCACGGAUAGUCCGCUGCUCUACCACCACACGCAGGAGCCGCUGCUCGAGGAGUACUCUAUCGCCUCCAAGAUAUGGAAGCUGAGCCCGAACGACCUCUCCGAGGUGGCGCGCAACAGCGUGCUGCUGUCGAACUUCAGCUUGAGGUUCAAGGAGGAGAAGCUCGGUGCCAUGCACUUCCUUUCCAGUAGUGCCGGCAACGACGUUGCCAAGACGCACCUGUCCGACGUACGCGUCGCGUAUCGUUUCGAAGCAUAUCACACAGAGGUGGGCUUCCUUGAGUACAUCUCCGGCCUGCACUUUCACCGCGCGUUGCUGACGCUAGAAAUCGAGGCGCAGUGCAUGCAACUGUACGGCGUCAACACGAACGACAGCAGCGGCAGUACCGGUGGUGGCGUUGUCGGCAUCAUCGACAAAACCCCGAAGGAGGCGGACCUUGUGCAGCUGGAGGCGCAGCGCACUUGCAUGCAGCGGCAGCUGUGGGAGCUGACCAGUGCCGUCAGCGAGCUCCACAGGCAAAACCGGCUCCUGACAACGAAACUCGCAGAGGAAAAGGAGCGUGAUCAGCUGGCGGCGCAGCUGCGCCGCCAGCGGGUCGAUGCCAAGCUACGUGAGCUGCAAAACCUCGUGACGCAGAAAGAAGUGCGCCCGCACACAAGGGCAACAACAGAGCACCAUCAGCCGCAGGAUACGCCGGACGACGAUAAAGGCGAUGUGGACGCCGACGGGAGCGGUGUUCCAUCCGUCCCUCAUCCGCUGACGCCGUCUGCGGCCUCGGUGUCGCCGCCGCCGCUCUCCUCUGGGUCGCUGCGGGCAGGUGUGGCGGCUGCGAGCGUGCCACCAGCUGCAGCAGCGUCUGCCGCUACGCCUGGUGCGCAGCCACCACCGUCUCCGCCAGCUCUUCACGCACCGGCCGACAGUGCCAGCAGUACGCUGCGCAAGCACCAGCAGCAGCAGCAGGGCGAUGCUGUGGCGCAGACACGUCGACUGCUUGCGCACACGGAGUCUCUAUGGCGCACCUCCCCCGUGCAGGCCGACGGGCUGCACUGGGCGGAUGGCGGCAGGGGCAAGCAACCGCCCCCACAGCUGCCUCCGUUGGAGACCGCCACCUCUUCUUCCUCGCAGCUGUCGGUGUCACCUGCGUCACUGCGCAAGCGAUGGUCACCAUCGCCCCUCGUCGAUGAUUAA